AUGGCGCAGCGCACUCUCGGGAGGAGGCUGCACCGCGUGUUGACGGCGGGACUCAUUACGCUGCUGGUAAUGAAUGCAAUCCAGAUCAACCAACAGGCAUGCGAGCUUGCUGACUGCAGGCAACAGAUAUAUCAAAUGAAAGAAGACCACGAGUUGACAGAGAGAGAAUUUUUACCAUGCAAUUCAUCUCGUCUAAUUUCAAGUUAUAAGGAAUCACAAAACGACAAACCUGUGAAUAUCCUGCUGUUAAGCUCCAUGGGUCGAAGCGGGUCGAGCUUCCUCGGCGGUCUGCUCAGUAGCCUCCCCGGCAGCUUCUACUUCUACGAGCCUUUGCGUCGCCUGGAGGAGUGGAAGCUUUUGACGGCGGAGGUCGGGGUUAAAGGCUUGAAAGCGCUGUUCACGUGCAACCUCACAGAGCCGGUUCGGAGUGCCCUGACCGCCAGGAAUAAUCGGAAGAGUACCCUGCAGGAUGUCCGUUGGUGUUCCUCCUCCAACGCCUGUUUCUCCGCCGAAGCCCUUGAAGCGGCGUGUCGCAGGAAACGCUUUCGCGUCGUGAAGACCAUCCGCUCGAGGGUCUCGUGGCUCCCGGAACUGCUGAAGGACGCUGACGCCAACCUUAGGGUGAUUCAUCUUGUGCGUGACCCUCGCGGCUCGAUCACAUCCGUCAGGAAGGCUGGUUGGUUCUCGGCCAAGCCAGAGACCUACUGCGAGCGGUUGCGCACAGACAUUCGCGAUGGCAUGCAGAUGCAGAGGCAGUUCCCUGGAAAGUAA